GAGACAACCGCAAGAAUGCCUAAGAUGGAACAAGACAACAUGCCUACGGAGACAAUGGGUGAUGGCGCUGGUGAACCCAGGACAGAGCUGCAGGAGUUGCAGUUCAAGUCCAACCAGUGCACAGAUGACACCCUUGAGUCAACUCGGCGUAUGCUGUCACUAUGCGAGGAGUCGAAGGAAGCUGGUAUCCGAACCCUCGUUGCUCUGGACGAUCAGGGCGAGCAACUGGAUCGCAUCGAGGAGGGAAUGGACCAGAUCAACUCCGACAUGAAAGAAGCAGAGGAGGCACUGACGGGGAUGGAGAAGUGCUGCGGACUCUGCGUCCUGCCUUGCAAUAAAUCGUCCUCACAGUUCAAGGAAGACGAAUCCACCUGGAAGGGCAAGGAGGAUGGAGUGGUCAGCUCGCAGCCCCAGCGUGUCAUGGACGACCGCAACGGCAUUGGAGGAGCUGGCGGAUACAUUGGACGCAUCACCAAUGAUGCCCGUGAAGAUGAGAUGGAGGAUAACAUGGGCCAAGUCAACACCAUGAUUGGCAACCUCCGCAACAUGGCCAUUGACAUGGGCUCAGAAAUCGAAAACCAGAACAGACAAAUUACAAGAAUCAACGCCAAGGCGGAUUCAAACACGGUGAGAGUGAAUAUGGCCAACGAGAGGGCUGGCUCUCUGCUGAAGAACGCAUAAACAGAGAGAAAACAGCUAUACCUUUCCCUCAGGCGCAGUCAUCCCGGGCCAGGCUAACAUCUUUUGGAUGAUGUGCUUAAGACUUUUAAAGAAGAAGAAAAAAGCAUGUAUAACCUAUUAUCCAAUUUUUUGGAAGUCCUAAAAGAUCCCAUAUCCAAUCAGAUGUUGUGUUCAGUACUUGUUAAACCAGUGCCAGUCUUGCUACUUGUGAUCCAAUUUCAGUAACUUGAUAAUGGCAUGCAGAAAAACUGGUUGAUUUUAUUUAGAAAACCAGAUUUCUAUAUAUAUACCUAUAUAUAUCCAGCCUUCCAAAUAAUUACAAAAAACAGUACUUCAUUAGUAAUACGCAUGUACAAUUUGUUAUACAUAUAUAUACAUAUAUAAAGGUAAUAAUGUUUCCCCAGCUGUGCGAAAAUAGGGACGAUCCUUCAGAAAAUCCCUCUCAGCAAGUCUGGCCCCUUGCCAAAGGGAACUCUACUGUUAUACUUUUCCCUUGUGUAGAGAUCUGGGACUUGUUUUGUUAUUGUUAAAUGUCAUUUGUUAAUUUUGUAGGUAUAGUAAAAAAAAAAAAAACAUCAUCAAAGACAUCUAAAAGAAAAAUUGUUGUUUCUUUUAUUCUUUUUAAGAAAUAAAUUUUUUGACCUUCCUGUUGACCAAAAUCAUUCAUCAUCUUUUGAUUGUAUAGUCUGUCUCCUAUAUUAUUUUCUUUAUUUCUUUUAGCACAUAAACUACUGAUCAUUUAUUUAUAAUUUUUAAACCUUCAUUUCAUAAUGCGUAAUCAACUAUCCAGAUAUGAGCAUUUACUGUAUCUGAUAUUCAUCUAUGUACCUUUGUUGUUACAAGCAAAUUUCAGCUUUACUGCUGGUCCUAGCAUAGGAACCCACGCAUGUUUUCUUAAAGCGAAAUGUUCCUUGUGACAACACAGUUUAAGACCAGUCUAGUAGCCUCUUAUCAAGGAGAGAUAAGCAACUGUGAGUCUUCAUCACCUUUUUAAUGUAACUUUUUCCAUGGACAUAGAAACCAGUUAUGUUAGAGGUGGGAUCAAGGCUCAUUUUAGCUGUUCACAUCUCAAAUUCAUCAGACCUACUGUAGUAGUUGCUGUUUGGCCCAAUAUAGUUGAAAAUAACCACAAACUUCUGUGUCUUCGCCUUAGAGUCAUAUCCGUGGCUUGCUUUGUUCCCCUUUUACUCUUGUGAAAUGGGGGAUCCCCAAUUCCAGCUACACAAUCUCCUCCUUUAGAUUCUUUUCCUUUCGUUUAAAGUUCCUAGACCAUUGCUUAAUUGUUCAAGUUGGUUAGUUCUCAAUUGUGCCUACUUCUUGAUUAGAUUUCUUCUUUAAUUCACCGAGUUCUCUUGGGGAAAUUCUGGUAGCUGGAAAAGAAAGCUCUCCCUAAUGUGCAUAUUGGUAAGAAGGAAUAGAUGUAUGAAGCAAGCCCUCUUUUUAAAUUUAAAAACAAAUUUUGCUAUGUGGUAGCUUGAAGAUGCAGGCAGUUGAGACAGGACAGUGAUGAACCUUGUGGAAAUUGAGUCGAUUCUGAAGACAAAAACCUUUUUGAUUCGGACAGUUACUAUUGCUGUCUCAAGCAGCAUAUUUUGUUGUAUACUAUGAUGAUGAUAAUAAAGGAAAUUUAUCACCUAACUAUGUAACUGAUUACUUAGUCAUCAAUAAUCUUGCAAGAUUCAAAAUAAAUUGCACUUCACUGCUUGACUCAACUCUAUAUUAUCAAGACAAAGUUUAUGUGACAAUUAGACUAUCUUGGAAGAUCACACUGAAUAGUGUUACAUCAUUUCCUGAAACAUUUUUGUCUCAGUUUUGACUGAUAGAUGAAACCAGAUUCUUAUUUCAGUAGGACAUCAAAGUUGUCUUGCCAUAAGUUUGAAAGAUCUUCUGGUACUUGUAGUAUUAAACAAAAUGCUUUUUAAUUACUGUCUAAGUAAAAAAGGAGAAGUUUUCAAGAAUAAAUAAGGCAUAACAUUUUUCAAAAUAUUUACUGAGAUAUUGGAGGAGUACAAUAAAUUAGUUGGGCCAUGUGGUGGGCUUAGGAGAAAUGGUAUAGGAGGUUGCACAUUAUGUGUCUUUUGUUACAAACCAGUUUUUAAAAUUUGUGUAUCAUUACUCUUAACGUAUCAGUAUUAAGGCUACUGAAUGCAGAUAAACUCAUGGAUUUUCAAAUACUUUAUGUCUGGAUUGAGAUUGGUAUAGAUUUUGUACAAGCAGGUGUUUCCUUUAAAGUGACACGUGGUUGUAAGCUGUGAUACUCUACCUGGGUUUGAACAUGCAAGUAAACAAAUUCACAUGUUAGGCCAUAUCAAAACUAAUGAAAGGGUAAGAUUUUUUGUAGACAAUUUUUGUAGAUCUCUUUGCAUGUCAUUUUUGGUAGGCACUGAAAUCUUCGGUUCCAUCAAUUUUUUUGUUCUAUACGUCUUUUUUCCAGAAAUUUAGACAGUCCACAGUUAAUUUGAAUAUCAUGGUGAUAAGUCACGUUGCAGUUGUGUGCAAGCUAAUGAGAAAUGCUCCACUUAAGUGCAUGCCGUGGUAUAUAUAUAUAAAAAAAAAGUUAAAACCAUAAUUGGUUGCAGUGCUAGGUUGUUGUUGUUGCAACUUUCUCUAACUUACUCACAUGCCACCUAUAUUGAUUUAACUCCCACUAGUUAAUAAUGAAUGCGACUGAGGUAGCGUUUGGAUUAGCAGGUGGCAUUUGAGAUUGCAGGUACAAAGUAGGAAAUUCAGGAAUGUAAACCGUGGAAAUUACUUUGUACAGUGCAGUUUAGUAUGGCAAGGUAUUUACUAGGGUUUACAUAUUCAGUGUCAUCUUACUUUGCCUGUAAAGUUGAGUGAUACCUAACUCAAUGGAAGUUUUGUAGGCUUGAAUUCUGUACACUUGUAAAUAAAGGUUUGCAAAUGUAGAGCAAGCUUACAUUACUUUUGACUGGAGAUGCCUUUUCAAGUGAGUAUAAAAUCCUCCUAUGGUGUAGCAUAGGAGCAAACUAUCCACAGCACAAUAUGGUGGCAUAUCUAGUAUUUAGCCAUAGAUCUUCAUGUCCUUUUCUAUUGUGAUUUGUGUCCUAGUGGUUUGUAAUAAGCAGAGAAGGCCCACCCAUUUUUUUCUUGUGUAUCUUCUCUGUGUUGGUUUAUCCCAAAAUGAGUGGAUGGGAACUCUUAUAAUGGAUUGUGGAGCACCCUAGUUUUCUUUUUAUACAUUGAAUAAUUAAGAAGUGUGUAGGCUUGGAAGCAGUGCAUUUAGAUGGUUGGUUGUAGCUGCAGCCUAGAGGAGUCCUUAAUUUUGAUUUCCAUUUAGUCUGUCGAAUUCACUUAUAACCUUGGUUAAAUCUUGAUUUUCAUUUGUCUAUGCAGUAAAUAAAGGAGUGGAGGAGAGAGUACAUUGUUACCACAAAAGCCCAACCAAACCAUCAUUGGUUGUUAUGCAUAAUACAAAUAAAGAGAAGGUAGAAGAAAAAAAUAAAAAAAAAGGUCCCCCACAUGUUCCAGACAACCAUGCACUGCCUCCAUAUACAUCACACUGCAUGUUGAUGGGCUGCUCCUUCCCAGAUACCACUUGACUUUUUUCUCUCCAUGCUCCCCUCUGGAAUCAUUAUGUAUCAUCUCAUCGGCUGUUUCUCUCUCCAAUGUUUUUUUUUUCCUUUUUUUUUUAUCAGACGAUCUUUCUUUUUCUCUAUUGUUAAACUAUAAUUGAACAAGUGAGGAACAUAUAAAUGUUAAGAUUUCUACUUUCAGUCAUUCCAAAAAAUGUUGACCAUGGAUGUUUACUAGAAAUGUAAGCUAUGUUUUGAAAUGAUGUGCUCAUUGAUUUAUACUUUUAGGAUUAAAAUAUUACAUAGGGGUUUGAAUCACAAAAAAUAGUUGGUUUUGAUACUGGGCUGGAAGAAUCUGAUAGUAUGUUGUAAAUUCAGCUAUGCAUAUAUUCAAAAGUAUUUAUGCUCUCCAAACUAAUAAUUGGUCUUUAACAGUGUGUACUUUGAGGAGUAAAAGUAGGUAGAGGGAAAAGAAGUCUAAAUUGUGAGUACUUUUUUCCUGGUUUUCUCAUAGGGGAGCAUCCGUUAUAGUACAUACGUAUCAUUUAAUAAAGAUGUAAACAAAA